UCACUCUCUGCGAGUCUACUUCAUUUAAUCCUCCGCCAAGUGGGAAAGAGGGAAGAAGAAGAGUAACUGAGGAAGAAGAAUUCUUCUUCUCUUUUCAGUUGUUGGAUUACAUCCCUUUCUUUGAUUUCAUUCACCGUUUACCAUUUACUCUCUUUGUUUUACCUGGAAUUGUCAUCUAAUCCACUUUGUCUGGCAUCGGGUGGGGCUCUCAGGAGAAGCGAGGCAUUGCCCCUCUCUUCUUCCUUCCCAUUUUAACCCGCAUUGCGCCUAUUGAUCUUUAUCAAGUGGUUGGGCCGUCGGAGAGGUUCUUUGUGGAGGAGAAGGGAAGAUUUCAGGGGAAGACUUUGGGUUAAACCCUAAUCUUCUCUGUUUUUCUUUCCUUCUUUCUUCAUCAUUCUGUUUCUGGAGUUCUGAUCCGAUAUUGAGUUGCUGACAAUCCAGCUCCACCACAUUCCCUUGCGUAAUUUCUCAGCAAAGCUGGUCUCCAGUUUAAAUUUGGGGUGAAACGGGGGGAAAGAGAUAGGAGCUUUUUGUCUUAAGCAAGGAAGGAGUAGAAACCCCCCCUUAUAUAUGCGUCUUUUUUCACCUAUUGGAGCAUUCCCGCCCUCUGUUCUUUAAUCUUGAACUGAAAUCUUGUCUUUUCGAGAUCUCAUCUAACCCUUUGCGGAUCGAGGAAUGGAGAGCGGGACUUCGUCGGCAACAUUGGGGAUACUUCCGGAGACAUUUCAGUUGGGGAGGGAUGACAUUGCCGGCCAGAUAGCGCUGAUCUGGGAGCAGGUGAAGGCUCCGGUGAUCGUCCCACUUCUGCGCGUGGCGACUUUUCUUUGUCUUGUGAUGUCGGUGAUGCUUUUCGUCGAGAAGGUAUACAUGGCUGUCGUCAUCGUCGCUGUCAAACUCUCCGGCCGCCGCCCUGAGAGGCGCUACAAAUGGGAGCCACUACAGGAGGACCUUGAGCUCGGGAACUCCGCAUUCCCCAUGGUUCUCGUUCAAAUCCCCAUGUACAACGAAAAGGAGGUCUACAAGCUCUCCAUUGGAGCUGCAUGCGGGCUCUCCUGGCCGUCCGAUCGGAUCAUCAUCCAGGUGCUUGACGAUUCUACCGACCCCAUCAUCAAGGAUCUGGUGGUGAUGGAAUGCGAGAGAUGGGCGAGCAAGGGAAUCAACAUAAAGUACGAGAUACGUGACAACCGGAACGGGUACAAAGCCGGCGCCCUGAAGGAGGGGAUGAAGCAUAGCUAUGUUAAGAGCUGUGAUUUCGUCGCCAUAUUCGACGCCGACUUCCAGCCCGAGCCAGACUUCCUCACCCGCACCAUUCCCUUCCUCGUUCACAACCCCAAACUCGGCCUCGUUCAGGCUCGCUGGAAAUUCUCGAACUCCAAUGAAUGUCUGAUGACUAGGAUGCAGGAGAUGUCCCUGGAUUACCAUUUCACUGUUGAGCAGGAGGUUGGGUCCUCCAUAUAUUCCUUUUUUGGCUUCAAUGGGACUGCUGGGGUGUGGCGGAUAUCAGCUCUAAAUGAAGCAGGAGGUUGGAAGGAUCGGACCACCGUAGAGGACAUGGACUUGGCUGUUCGAGCAAGCCUCAAAGGUUGGAAAUUCGUAUACCUAUCAAAUCUUAAGGUAAAAAAUGAAUUGCCGAGCACCUUCAAAGCUUAUCGAUAUCAGCAACACAGGUGGUCAUGUGGUCCUGCAAACUUGUUCAGGAAAAUGCUUAUGGAGAUUGUAAGAAACAAGAAAGUAUCUCUAUUUAAGAAAAUACAUGUGAUCUACAAUUUCUUCUUUGUUCGAAAAAUUGUUGCUCAUAUUGUCACCUUUGUGUUCUACUGUGUGGUCAUCCCGGCAACUGUCUUAGUUCCUGAAGUAGAAGUUCCAAAGUGGGGUUCAGUCUAUAUCCCAUCCAUCAUCACCCUUCUUAAUGCUGUUGGAACUCCAAGAUCUCUCCACUUGAUAGUAUUCUGGAUCCUUUUUGAGAAUGUCAUGUCUUUGCAUAGAACAAAGGCUACCUUUGUAGGCCUCUUAGAGACCAGCAAGGUUAAUGAAUGGAUAGUCACUGAGAAGCUAGGUGAUGCGUUGAAGACGAAAACCAUUGCUAAAGCAUCUAAGAAAAUGAAAAUUCGGAUCGGCGAUAAGUUACAUGUGUUGGAGCUAGGGGUGGGAGUCUUCCUCUUCUUCUGUGGGUUCUAUGAUUUGGCAUUUGGGAGGAACCAUUACUUCAUAUAUCUGUUUCUCCAGGGCUUGGCAUUUUUUGCUGUAGGUUUUGGUUAUGUAGGCAUAUAUGUCCCACACUCCUGAAACUGAAUGAUGGCAAUUCCUUGAAUAUUGCAACUAUAGGCGUUAGAAUCCUCCUCCAGCUUGUUAUUUUGUUAAGGGCCGGGCUGUAGUCAUGAGAAGUCGCGUACCGGAUAAGUUAUUUUGUGAAUAUUUAGGUACCAGAGCCAUGGCUAUAGAAUUGUAUAAGACUUCAAAGACAAAAGCAAAGAAAUAGGAAGUUUUGCAUUUUAUGCAGAAGCAUAUCGAAGCAGCCACAGCAGAAAAGAAGAAAGAUUCCUGAUAUUGGAAGCUGUGCAGAGUGGUGGCAAACACGCAAACACCCUCUAGUUUGAUUUUGUAUUUUGCUCUGUAAUUUUGUUUCUUUAUUAAAAAAAUUAAAAUAAGAAGAUAACUUAUAUUGUCAUCAGUCAUGCUGGGUGUCAUUUUUUUUUUCUUUUUUGGCCAAUAAGUGUCUUGAAUUUGGUAUCAUUGUAAUAAUAAGAUUUAUUUCCAAUUUUAUUAA